AUGCUGCGCUGGAGCGGCCAUGUUGGGUUCGAGGACAAGGAGAACGCGUACAUUGCGAGAUGUUUCUUCAAAGCCACAACCAAACAAAGCACUGACUGCGAAGACAUCCUGCCUCAAGAGUGUGGGGAGGACGCCGAUCACUCUGUGUUUCAUGUCUUCGCGCGAAUCUUCCCGGAGAUUGUGGGGGAGGACGGUGCUGGAGGUGAUGAGAUGAUAAACCCUGAUGCUCUCCUUCUGACAUAUUCUCUCCUGGCAGUCAAGAACAAGAGGAUGAGAUUGCAUUUCAACAAGAUUGGCUAUCAAAUCUAUGGAAAGGAACAGAGUCGGCGGGUCCCGUCGCUGCGAGCGAAGCCCGGGAAUCCUGGCUAUGGGUUCAAGCGGGCAAGGUGGAGGGACACGAUGGACGACGAGGAAGAUAAAGUGCACUGUGCCAAGAUCAUGAGGAAGCUAGGAUGCGACGAAGAGAGAAUCUUGAAGGCACAGGUGCUUGUUCAGGAGAGUCGGUACAGCUGGGAACGAGCCAGGCGGCCUUCGCGGCCGGCAGGCCCAGGAAGGCCGAGGAGACAAGAUGCGGGUCAGCAAGGAGACGAGGAACAGCGGGAUAGAGGGUAUGACGCGUUAGUGUCGAGUUUGUCUCCUUCCUCCCUGGGGAACCCUCUCGCGCUCCCAACUGUGUCAACCCUACUGACGGCGGGAGUGAAACGGCCCGUUCCGUUACUACACAGCGAUGGGUUCGGGGUCGAGGAAGCCAGCAAGAGGCAAUGCUCAGCAGUGCUCCACCAUGACGGCGGUGGGGAAGUCACCCCGCAGCUUCGCAGCAUGAGGUCGGACAGCGUCAGCCUUCUUCAUACUCCUCUGGGCGAUCAGCAUGCGCAUGGGUUGCAGUACAGCCUCGACGCCUCACCAGCGAAUCCUGCAAACACCUGGAGCUCAGAUCUGUACUCAAGUGUGUUGCAGACGUUCCAGGCGCAAUCGCGGUCUCUGCUUCAUCCUCCGUUGUCGUCCCUGUGGUCCCAAGAUAAACAGCAGACUUCGCGUCUUCAGUUGGUGCUUCCUCCGCUGCGCCUUCCUGGCCUCUCCAAUGUCGAGGUUUCACAAUCGAGUUUGGGUUGUGAGAUGAAUGGAGGGAACGAGAAUACAGCAACCAGCAACCAUGGAGGAGGAGGGGAGAGGAGGGGAGAGAAGGAGGAGGCGAGGAAGGAGGAGGGAGAGAAGAACGUGGAUGAUGUAGACAAGGGCGAAGUCGAGGAUGUGCAUGAAGAGCCCGAUGACUUGGACGAGGAUCCCUUCGUGUGCGACAUUACAGGUGCGCUGAUUGACAUGCGAUUGGACGGGCGAUACCAUUUCGACGAUGGCAGGAGCCCUGACGACCCCACAGCUGUGUGCAUGAGUACCACAGCCUACAAGACGUUUGAGAAGUUAAAGAAGGAACAUCCAGAGACUUGGGAGGAGGAGUAUAGCGACAAGAAGAAGUGGGUGUUCAUCAAGCCUUUCACCAAGAAGACGACAGUCUGA